UCUGUUUUGUUUCAGCUCUAUGUAGCCACUGAAGCAAUCCUCAUUGCGCUAGUAGGGGCGACACCUCCCUACCACUGGGACCUCGAAGAGCUCUCAGCUAAUCAAAGCCAUAGCAACCAGUCAACUAAUGAAGAGAGAGCCUUUGGGGAAUGGCUUCUGACAGCCAAUGGGAGUGAAGUUCAUAAGCACGUGCACUUCAGCAGCAGCUUCACAUCAAUAGCUUCCGAGUGGUUUUUAAUUGGGAACACAUCAUACAAAGUCAGUGUCGCCAGUUCGUUUUUCUUCAGUGGUGUCUUUGUUGGAGUGAUCUCUUUUGGCCAGCUCUCAGAUCGCUUUGGGAGGAAAAAAGUCUAUCUCACAGGUUUUGCCCUUGACAUCCUGUUUGCCAUUGCAAAUGGAUUCUCCCCCUCAUACGAGUUCUUUGCAGUCUCUCGCUUCUUGGUGGGGGUGAUGAAUGGAGGGAUGUCUCUGGUGGCCUUUGUUCUACUGAAUGAAUGUGUGGGCACUGCCUAUUGGGCAUUAGCAGGAUCGAUUGGUGGCCUGUUCUUUGCAGUGGGAAUUGCCCAGUAUGCUAUGUUAGGGUACUUCAUUCGCUCCUGGAGGACUCUGGCAGUUGUGGUUAACCUGGAGGGAACAGUAGUCUUUCUCCUCUCUCUAUUCAUUCCUGAAUCCCCCCGCUGGUUAUACUCACAAGGUCGGCUGAGAGAAGCAGAAAAUGCCCUCUAUCUCAUUGCAAAGAGGAACUGCAAGCAGAAAUGCACUUUUUCACUAAAGCUCCCAGCUGACAGGAGUCACAGAGAGACCGGCAGUUUCUUGGACCUGUUCCGAUACAAGAUCCUUUUGGGGCGCACUUUGAUCAUGAUGUUUAUCUGGGUCACAUUUUCUUUAUCAGCCACAGGAGUGUUUGCAGUUGUGAACAGCCGUUCUUUGUCUUUAUUGGGGAAACUGACAAUCAGUGCAGCAUUUAACAUUGUUUAUAUCUACACGUCAGAGCUUUAUCCUACAGUGAUCAGGAAUGUUGGAAUGGGUUCCUGCUCCAUGUUUUCCCGGGUUGGUGGGAUUAUUGCUCCCUUCAUUCCUUCACUGAAAUCUGUGCAGUGGUCUCUUCCAUACAUCGUGUUUGGAGUGACUGGCCUGUUGUCGGGGUUCCUGAGUUUGUUAUUGCCAGAAACACUAAACUGCCCUUUGCUGGAGACGAUAUCGGACUUGCAGGUGUGCUCGUACUGGAGACUGGGGGAUGAAGCUAUGUCAUUGCAAGCACUAGGUGGCUCCCGGUCUGCAGACAAAGAUGGCUCUGCAGGGAGUGAAAGUGAAGAUGAAGAAUUCUAUGAUGCUGAUGAAGAGACCCAAAUGAUCAAGUAACAAGAGGAAGCUUUCCUUUUUAUGCCUUUUUUUUAACUUGUCCAGCCAGAUCCACCCGUAAGAAUAAAACUGGAACCGUCUGUGGGUGAAUUAUAACAGGGCAAGUGCCUCUGCCUUUCCAGCGUUGGGAGAUGAAUUCGAGUACUGUUCAGAUGCAUUACAGUGGUUUGACUGGUGACCACUGCUGAUUUUUUUUUUUUUUUCUUACUCAUGAGAACCAUUCAAUGUUUGUGGCUCAAAAUUAUGAUUGCAGGCUAGGUUUGAGGCCAAAGAUGGUGGGGAGGUAUUUGACGUAUUUCUGAAACGAACUUGAGAACUGAUCCAACUUGCAGACAGACUUCCGCUGCAUGUGUUCACAUUUUUCCUUCAAGGUGGGCUCAUGUUGAUUUUGAAGCAGCUGAAAUCCAUACACUUGAAAGGUUUCAACUAGGUUUCUUCAGAUGGAUGAAAUCUAAAGACUUAAACUGGACACAGAAGGUACUAUAGGCCAGUAUGAUAAGAACAAAUUCCUGAAAUCCUCUCUUAAGUUACCUACAGCACACUGGGAAGAAUGAACUAUGGAUUCUCUACCAGUUCUGCAUCCGCUCACUGGAAUGGAAUUUCAUGCCUCAAGUGGUUAGGGAACACCAACAAAAGAUAGCUGUACUCAGUGAUGUUCUAGGGUGGAUGGCCAGAGGAACCAUCAGAGGUUGGAGGGACCAACUAAUAGGAAAGGGCAGAUGGACUUAAAUAAAACAGAAAUCCCCAUUAUUGCUGAUCUCUUCUCCCCCAUCUGUCUCCUCUGCCUUGCCCCUCUCAAAACUUACUUUUUUUUCUUUUAUUUUGGU